UUCCCUGUCAGGGAACCAACCCCAACCACUGGACAGUUUCAUGAGCCAGUGCACUCUCAGUGCCAGUCCCAGCGCCCGGAAAAUGGGGAGGGAUGUGUGAGGAAGGGAAUCUAGUGUAAAAACUUGUACCAGAAUCAACAUGCGGACUGGUGAUCCACUGUGGUAACCCCGAACAAGAUCAGUUGAAAGAAGGGGGAAAAAAAUGACUAAGGAUUCCUUGGUAGACUAGUAGCUAACAUGUGGCGCUCUCAUUGACGUGGCCUAGGUUCCAUUCCCACUCAGGGAACCAAACCCAACCGCUGGAGGGUUUCUUGAGCCAGUGUACUCUCAGUGCCAGUCCCAGUGGCCGGAAAAUGGGAAAUGGGAAAGGUUGCAUCAGGAAAGGCAUCUGGCAUAAAACCUGUGCCAGAAUCAAUAUGCAGAUGGGUGACCCGCUGUGGUAACCCCGAAACCCGAGCAGCCGAAAGAUGGGAAAAAUGUAUACAUUUACAUUUAUUCAUUUAGCAGACGCCUUUAUUACAAAUGAGGAAAUACAAACAAAGCGAUACAUCAAGCAGAGAACAAUACAAGUAGUGCUACCAUACAAGAUUUUUCAUUUAGUUCUAGAAAAUUAAUUUAGUAUAGCCAUAAACUAUUCAAUAAAAGUUAAGGUACUUUCCUGUUGGUUGCUAAUCCGGACAUCUCUAAGCAAGGAGUUUUAUCUAAUGGACUUUUAGAUAAAAUUUUUGAAUUGAAUUUUUGAAUUGAAUACCCCUGACAGACAGAGCAGGUAGGUGAAUGUUUUAUAUACCAGCUCGAAUCUCUCACCGAGCCUGUCACUUUAAAUGGGCGUGGCUACGCGAAUACUUCCAGCCCUUUAUGUAAAUACGCUCGGCAGCUCGGCCGCAUAAUACAGAGCUGGAGUUGUUUCACGGCUCCAUAGAGAGUGCAAGCGGCAGCGCCGGUGGUAUUCUGCAGUAGUACUCUACAUCAGCCUGGACUUUCAGACUACUUAAAACACCGACCAACUGCACCAAGGAAGACCUGCGUGUAUAUUUUCCAGGACGCUGUAUAUAUUUCUAGCUUUUCAUGGGAAGCUUGUGUUCGUGAAUUGAGUUAAUGAAAGCUUUGUGAAGAAACUGCCUUACAUAAGGAGUCAUUUUGUUCGGCGCAGUCGCUCUGGGUCUCCGGUAAAUAAAUGUCUUGCGGGAUUCACACUCUGGAGAGUAUUUUACGGUCUUGUUUGUUCUGACUUGUGCCUGGUGCUCACUUCUGAAAGCCUCUAAAUGCCGGGAAUCAGCGCGAGCCCUUUACCCUAUGCAUGCUGGGACAUGGAGGAUCCGGAUCAGUACCAACACUACUUCUAUGAUGACCACGAUCCAGAUGAAGACUUUUUUAAGUCCACUGCACCCAGCGAGGACAUCUGGAAGAAGUUCGAGCUCGUGCCCACACCGCCCAUGUCUCCCGUGAGGAGGCUGGAUGAGACAUCGGUGUGUCCAUCACUGGGGGACAAACUCGAGUGGGUGUCCCACUUCUUGGGCCAGGACGACGAGCAUGAGGCACAAUGCAACCUGAGCUCGAUAAUCAUACAGGACUGCAUGUGGAGCGGCUUUUCAGCCACUCAGAGGCUCGAGAAGGCUGUCAAUGAGCACAUGUUGUGUCAGGGUGGGGCCAAGGUGCCUCUUGUCCCUCAGAUUCCCCCAUCGAGGUCACAGAGUGGUCAUGUGGAGUCGUUAUCUCUCAGCAGUCCGAUGUCGGACUGUGUGGAUCCGGCGGCUGUGUUGACCUUCCCACUGAGCGGCUGUAAGAAGCAGGUGUCCUCUGGCUCUGAGUCACACACCGACUCAUCUGAUGACGAGGAGAUUGACGUUGUGACCGUGGAACACAAGCAUGGCAAAUCACGGCCAGUGAACUCGCGCAAACCGGUCACCAUCACGGUGCGUGCCGACCCACACGACCCAGGCACCAAACGCUUCCACAUCUCCAUCCACCAACAGCAACACAACUACGCCGCCCCGUCCCCUGAUUCAGAGCCCCCUCGCAAGAGGAUCCGCCAGGAGACUUCACAGCCCCGGCCAAGCUCCACAGUCCACACACUCGAGAGCAAACCACACUCACCUGUUGCAACCGUUUCCAUCCCAGUACACUCCAUGACCACCUCACCACUGCUUGCCUCAUCCCAUCAUGGCCUAAAAUCGCAGCCAUCCAGCCCUCAAAGCUCAGACAGCGAGGACAUGGACAGACGCAAGAACCACAACUAUCUGGAGAGGAAGAGACGCAACGACCUGCGUUCACGCUUCCUGGCCCUGAGAGAUGAGAUUCCCGGUCUUGUGGACUGUCCAAAGACGCCCAAGGUGGUGAUCCUGACCAAGGCCACUGAGUACCUGCGUCUGCUACACGUCACAGAUAAGCAAAAAGCCCAGGAAAAGAAGCAGCUCAAAAACAGGCAUCAGCAGCUCCUUCGGAGGCUAGCAGAACUGAAACGCUCUUAAAGUUGUUCACAGAUCCAGGCCAGUCGCAAGGACUGUUUGUGAGAGUGCUUGGUUAAAAGUGGGUAUAAUUUAAGAUUUCAGACAUCCUGUACUUUUUUGUUUUAUUUUCCAACGAUCUUUGCACAUUUGAUCCUGUAGUUCGGGGGAAGGAUACUCCUGGUGUGUUGUGGAUUACAUAAACUUCACUGAGUUUCCCAAAGAAUGCCCUGCUGAUAAAAAGAAAAAGGGUCUACCCCCAAAUCUCUUUAAUAUUAAAACAAUCCUAAUCAGGGAUAUUCUAUACAUUUGAAUUACAUGCCAUUUGGGCAUUGCUUGAAUUGUAGCAUUUAGCUUGUAUGCAUGUUUGACCACAUUAGUAAAGGUGGAUUUGUGUGAAGAAAUCUGCAAAUUAUCUGGUUUAAUAAGUCUUUGCCCUGCUGUGCCAUGACUCAAAUUGUUCAAAUCAUUUUGAACAUUAAAGUGAAGUUUGUGUGGCCCUUGCAAUACUCUAUCAGGACUGGAGUUCAACAAUAGUUCAGACGUUGUUACCAUUUGCCAUUUGUCUAUGAAGAUCACAUAUUUAGUUAUUUAGAUUUUCUAAGUGUUCUUGUAUCGGCACAUGAGUUCAUGCCUUACCGACAUGUUGUGUAUAUAAACUGUGAGAUCUGUAUCCAUGUGUACAUAAUAGCUCAACUGUAUAGGUGUGUAAAGUAUAUUAUAUAUGCUUUCCAUUUUAAUACCAAAAUCGAGGUUGUUGAUGAUUUUAGUUUUUUUUUUUUUUUUUUUUUUUUUUUUUUUUGAAUUUUAGUUGUUUUUAUAUAUUUUACUUUCAUGUAUUCUGAAACUUGGUUGGCCCACUUGGCUUAAUCUUAUCUCAGAGUUUCUCAAAGCUUCUAUUUUUGUUAACAAAAGUAAAAACAAAAAAAGUUAAAGCAUUAAAAUGACACUAUAGAACCUUACUUUGCAUCGCUAGUCACCUUCAUGUUUCCACUGCCUAAUCAUCUGAUUUUUAAGGGGUAUAUAUGUAAUAUUUGAUUAGUAAUUCAAAAAUGCUGAGAAGAGACUUUUAUAAUCUAUUUUCUUACAGAGUUCUGUGUUUCUUUAUAAUGUUAAUGUCUUUUUCUGUUUUCUCCCUCAUUUUUACAAAAGCUCUACUGAUGGUGUACGCUUCUUUAUUCAUCCACUAGAGUCCCAUUUUUUCCCCCCCUUUAUUAUAGUACAUUUAUUCUUCCUAGUGCAAUAUUCUUUGAAUCGUGCAACUUUACAGUUCUUCUGGUAUAAUGUCAUCAUGCUGCAUGGCGCACUGCUUUCUCACACCUAAACUUUCCCCCACUUAACUGAAGAACCCUUUUUAGUAUCGCUGUUAUUCCAAAGGCUGAUUUGCACAUCAUCUUCUGCCUUAAUCCUUUUCUGAUUCACCCUAGUCUUGAAUUUAAGUCACUAUAAAUGGCAAUUCUCCAUUGUAAAUCACUUUCAGUGUUGGGCUAGGCCUAAUCGGUCUGAAAAACAAUCCAAAGAAAAACUAUAGUAGCUCAUUAUUGCUUUUCAUCACUGAUCACUUUCUCCAUUCUUGAGACUUUAUCUCGAAGAUGCAUAUACCAUCAGCAAGCUCAACACUCUCAGUCUUAUUUAUGUUGAUUUCUAGUGGAAGAGCCAAGCUUUAAGAAUGCAUUUGUUACUGUUAAGAUUUGUCACACACAUUUUCUCUUUUUGCUGAUUGUUUUUUGUGUUUUUUUUUUUUUAGUUGUUGCUCCUUUUUUCACUUUGUCUCUCCUAGUGGCUAAUUGUUACACUUGGAGCAUAACAGCAGCAUUAAGCACUUUGUGUUCAGUACCUCAUGAGCCCAUAGAAAUCAGACAAUUAAUAAAUUCAAAAUCAAAACAAUCAUGUCUCAUGUUUCCAGAUAAUAAAUAUUGUAUUAACAGGGACACAACUGAUUUAUAAUCGGCCUUCACCUGUACAAUAUUAAAACGGCUCCCAUUUUCUGAACAAAAAAAAAAAAAAGACACCUUAGUUGAACUGUCAUUGAAGAGACUGUCAGUAAGAAGGAAGGGAGAUAAUGGAAGUUAAGGAUAAAGUAAUAAAAUUUCAUGACUUGGGAAUAGAGUGUAAAAUUAAAUCUAAGAGGUUGGACAUCCCAGUUAGCACUGUUGGAUCAAUAGUGAGGGAGCGGAAGGUGCAUCACACCACCCAUACUCUAGCUAGACAAUGUCGUCCUUUAAAAGUCAGCACAAAAACAAGACUGAGACUGUUGAGGGAAGCCACAGUGAGGCCAACGCUCACUCUGAGGGAGUUUGAGUACAGUGGCUGAGAGCAGAGUGAAGGUGCACAACACAACCAUGGCAAGAGCUCUGCAUAAUUGAGGGCUAUAUGGGAGGCUGACUAGAAAGAAACUAGAAGAGAAGUUGAAGAAGUGUUGUAUUUUUAUUGAGGUGUGAUGAGAACAAGACCUACGUACUGUAUUUGGACAAGUUUCAAAGUGUCAUGUAUUGUGCAAUCCUAUCACAGGUCAUACCUCAAUUAACACCACCCCUACAGUGAAACAUGGUGGUGACAGCAUCAUGCUCUGGGGACAAUUUUCAUCCUCAGAACCUGAGUUUCUUGUCAAAAUUGAAGGGCGACUAGAUGGAGCGAAUACAAUGUGAUAUUACAAAAGAACCUGCUUCAGUCUGCUUAAAAAAUACUAUAGCUUGGGAGGAACUUUACCUUUCAGCAGGACAAUGGUCCCAAACACAAGAUAAAAGCAAUGCAGGAGUGGUUAAAAACAAAACGUUUAUUGUUCUACAGUGGCCAAGUCAAAGUCCAGAUCUGAAUCCUACUGAGAAUAUCUGCGGCACUGUUUGAAAAGUGCUGUCAAACAACAUCCAACUAACCUGAAGAACCUGGAGCAAAUCCGCCAGGAAGAAUAGGUGGAAAUUACCCUCAAACAGUGUGCAAAGUUGGUAGGAACUUGUUAUUGCAGCAAAUUAUGGCUCUACCGGAUACUAGUCUGAAAGGGUUGAAUACUUACGUAAACAGAAUUGUUCAGUUUUUCAGUUUGUUUUUAAAGGUCUGAAACAACAUGUGUAAGUGCCAUUAGUAAUCCAGACAAAUCUCUUUUGAUCACUUUUAAGGAGGAUGAAUACUUUUGCAAGGCACUGUAAGUAUUGAUAACGUCAUAUGGAAUAUUCACCAAACAAAUUAGCUCCUGCGAUCACUUACAUUAAUAUCUAUAAUCUCUCAUUCUUCUUUUUGUUCUCUUGUUUAAAGUAAACAUUAUUAUAAAAACAAAACAAAAAAAACAACAACAAAAA